AUGCCGUCUUCAUCCUUGAGCAUCUCAGAACGAACCAGAAUCAGCAGCCACAGGCAUUCCACCAACUCCAUACCCUCUCCAUAUGCUACCUUCUCCAGUCCUCCUCCAUAUUCUGCCAUAUACACAUCUUCACCAUCCCCUCCUCACUCAUCAAGCCCUCAAAACCCCGAAACUGACCACACUACAAUGACCCAAUUAUCGCAAUCGCAGCAGGCGAAAGUCCACCGGCGACACUACCGGUACAGCACAGGUGUGCAAUUGGACAUCAUUGAUCGUCUUGAUAACAUAGGUCUCUUCUGCUAUCAUCAUGAAGGCCCUUAUGAUGCCGCCAGCCGUGCGAAAAACUCACAUCCCUGCUCAUCAAAACUCCACAGCAGGAACCCCAUCGAUGCCCUGCAAACCUCUAUCGAGGAAGCUCUCAAAGCUACCCCGCCUGACAAAAUUGCCGAUUGCAUCCGGAACCACAGGCCGCUGGAUGGAGUAGCCUAUUACGCGCCUGGAACGACGGAUCCAAAUGGCCAUAAGUAUGACUAUGAGGAGGGCUGGAAUAUGAUGACUGAGGACACUGGCAAUUUUAAGAGGUGGCCGGGGAUGAAAUUCCGUGAUGAGGAUUUCAAGAAUGAUCCUGGAUAUAUGGCUCUUAUAAAUAAGCCGAGACGGAAACUGUGGUCAUUUCGUCGUCGUAAACAGAAGCAGAAGCCGUAG